AUGCCGAUAAAUAUUAAUAGAUUUAUGAAUCCAAUAAAAAGAAAAAGGUCAAAUAUUGAGAAUUGUAAUAAUUUUCUUGAUAAACUAGAGCAUAAAGGAGAAGAGAUUUUAGCAUUGUCAAAAGAAGUUAACGAUUUAUUAUCUGAAUAUUCGUUCACUUUUGGAAUCUCUAAAGCAAACUGUCUAGAAGAUCUUGAAAAUCAAUUAGAAAAAGAAUUUUCUGAAAUAGCUCGCUUAAAAGAAAUCAAUGAGCUGAAACUAUUGGCCGAAUUAGAUGAAAAAUUGAGAGCAGCUUACAUAAGCUAUGUCAAUAAUUGUGAUGAACUCUAUAUAAAAAUCAGCGACUUUAUCCAGAAGCUAAAAUUCGAUUCUAAAUACCUUUAUUCUAUAGGAUGAGCUGAAAAAUGAACUGAUCUAUGAGUCUAUGAUAUAGAAAAAGAUAAGAGAGAAAAUAAAGUAAUCAGCACUCCUGAGCCUUUAUCCAAUGGAACUUGCAUUGUGCAGCUUCCAAACUCAGAGCUAUUUUGCUAUGGGAACAGCUUUUUUUCAGGGAUUUCUUGCAUAAUUGACCUUGAGACUUUUACAGUAAAGAAACUUUUACCUUAUGGCAGCCCAUCUUGAUGCUGUGGAGCUGUCUAUUAUAAAAAUUGUGUUUAUUUCUUUGGGGGCUGGGAUAAGCAAAAUUACAUGCUCUUUGCUGAAAAAUUUGAUUUAGCUGGCAAUAGGUGGCUUAAAUCGCCGAAACUUCCAGAAGCAUCUUCUGGGUGCUCUUGCGUGCUUUUUCAAGAAUGCAUAUAUAUUUGUGGAUUUUUUCAUAGUAAAGUAUAUAAAUAUGAUCUAGAAAUUGAAAGCUACUCGAAUAUAAAUUUUCCAGUUUUGUGUUCAAAGAUGUCAAAGCUACUUUUUAGUGGUAAUUCUAGAUUGUAUCUGAUACAAGAGCCUGGGAUUUUGUUUGAAAGUGACUAUGGGAGUGAGUAUGCUUGAAGUAAGAUAGGUGCUUUUAAUUUAAAAUGAAAUUACAGUGCUUUCAGAAAAAAGGUUAAUCAGUCAGUCUUCAUUAGUUUCAUUAGCUAUAAUUGUAUGAGCUGCUUUAAGUUUGAUUUGGUGAGGAAAAGUCUUGAAAAGUUGGCAAGGUAG